GGCGUGACGCAGCGCGGAUGUCCCAGAAUGCCGCUGUCUGCCAGCGCAGCAGUGAUCAAUGGUCAGGCGAGUCGGAUCAACCGGUGAUUUAACGCGGUAAACGUUAGAGAUCAACCAUCGAUCUAAACGCUUCGACUCGGAUGGAAAUCGCUUGACGUGACUUUUCAUGAGUAAAUGAGAUCUGCGUAAAGAGAGACCACCAUCAUCAUCAUCAUCCUCAUAAUCAUCAAACGAGCCGAAGACAAACCCCGCAGGGCGGAUGGCGAGUCCCAGAACCAGACGUGUGCUGAAGGAGGUCCGGUCUGAAGACGAGAACAAUGUGUGUUUCGAGUGCGGCGCCUUUAACCCGCAGUGGGUCAGCGUGACGUAUGGCAUCUGGAUCUGUCUGGAGUGCUCGGGCAAACACAGAGGCCUCGGCGUCCACCUCAGCUUUGUACGGUCUGUUUCGAUGGACAAGUGGAAGGACUUGGAGCUGGAGAAGAUGAAGAUGGGAGGAAACAGCAAGUUUCGUAUGUUCCUGGAGCUGCAGGACGACUUUGACCCGAACUGGAGCCUGCAGGACAAAUACAACAGCAAAGCCGCUGCGCUCUUCAGAGACAAGGUGGCGACGCUGGCCGAAGGGAAGGAGUGGACGAUGGAGAACUCUCCUGCCAGGAACUGGACUCCUCCACAGGCCAAGAGCGGCCUGAGCGCCACCCACCGGUCCAGUGCGGGACAAAACCACACUCACUCCUCUGAUAAGACGUUUGAGGACUGGCUGACGGAUGAUGUCAACUCCUAUCAGAAUGCCGGAGCGUCCGGCGCGCAGGAGAAUCGAUAUGUGGGAUUUGGAAACACUCCUAACCCGCCCAAGAAAGAUGAAGACUUCAUGAACAACGCUAUGUCUUCCAUCUACUCGGGCUGGAGCAGCUUUACCGUUGGAGCCAGUAAGUUUGCAUCGGUGGCUAAAGACAGUACCACAAAACUGGCCAGCCAAGCAACUCUGAAGUUACGGGGCUAUAAACCACCGCCUGAGCCGGCCACUGAACUGGGACAGACGUUAAACGACAGUGUUAUCAAGCCCACCCAGGAGAAGGUGAAGGAGGGAAAGUUGUUUGAUGAAAUGGCCGUCAGCAUCACAGGUCUGGCCACAAAGGUUCAGGGUGCAGGAGCUAAAGGAUGGAAGGACAUGACGUCUUUCUUCGGUGGGAAACAAGAGGCCGCUGAUGAUGGUUCUGCUUACGAGGAAGGAUAUCAGAACCAGGGGCCUAAGCGUGACUUCUGGGAAACGUUUGGUAGUAACUCUGCUCUCAGCGGUGACUCUGUAGAGAGGAGCUCAGAAGCCCAGUCCAACAACAAGAAUAGUGGUGCAGACGGCUGGGACACCUGGGACAAUGACUGGGAGAAAGCUGGAGAUGACAAGGACAAGAAGAGCACGCCCAAAGCGGCUGAGGACUCUUGGGACAACAGCGGCUGGUAGACCUGCAGAGGGUUUGUGUGUUUGCUUUCAUUGGCCUGUCCUGUACAACACACCUCUGACUAGACCUGUCCCUCGUUUCGCCUGUCGUUGUUCGUUUCUGUUGAGAAUAAGUUGAUGAAGAUCUUUUUGAUGUCCCUGUCCAUAAUGGAGAUGUUUAAUAUUACAGUAUAAAGUUUGAUAUUCUAGUGGAUUUUGACACCAGCAGAAAUCUGCAUGUCAUCUGCUGUUUGUGGUCCAUAGAUCAUAAAGCUUCAGAUCGCAGUGGCUUUUCUGUGUCAUGACAGACUCCUGUUUGUUCAUGGUUAAUUUUAUAUGUAUGUGUUCAUUAUAUAUGUGUAUAUAUAAUGAGCUGUCAAUCAGAUUCCUAUUUAAAAAAUAAAAAAUGCAUUUUUAUUGGUAAAAUUGUUCAGGCUUCCUGUUCAUAAUGUAAUCACCAUGACCAAACGUUUGUCUGUAGAAGCAUGACGCAUGGGCUUUUCAUCGUUUUAGUUAACAUCCUCCAGUUCAUCACCACCUCAUGGCCUUCUUAUGGAAAUCGCUAAUAUUUUUUUCUUUUUUUUAAGUGUUAGGCAUUUAUAAUCAGGUUAUGUAUUUUGUUUGUAUGUUUCCUCCUUUAAUAUCCUCUCGUGUUGUCCAUAUUGUCAUUCCAGAUGUGAAAAUGUGCUGUUUAUGAGCUCUUGGAUUACAUGAAAGAACAAAUUAUCUCAAAGAUUUCAUGUAAAACUCAAGACUUGGACAUCAAACAUCAUUAUUUAUUCAUGUUUUUUCAUUUAUUUUGGUCUUACAUAUGUGAUUUCGGCUAAACGGGAUGUUUCUCCUUACAGUACCUCAGUAAUAAGGUGAUUGUUUUCUGUAUUAUUGUCAAGUUCACCCCGAAUCUCUCUUAUGAAACUGAAAAUUGCUGUUAUACAUACAUCAUGUGUUCAUGAAUUCAUUGACAUCUACUGCUCCAUGGUUGUACCGGAGUAGCACAUCUCUGCUAUAUAUGUUUGAAUUGUAACAACACCUGCUGUGUCUGAGGAACAUGGGUGAGCUACACUAUAUUCUGUUAGUUAAAUAGUAUAGUUAAUAAAGCUUUAAACACCACCA